ACUGGAUAUACUGAGAUUACAAGAAUAAACAAAGUUGAGGGAUGGUUAUUUACAUAUUCGUUUUGAGUGCCUUUUAAUUAAAUUCCUAUAGUGAAAGUAGCAAAUAUGCUUGGAAAAUAUAGUGUUGUCGUUCAACCUUUAUCACGGUUAUUGGCGCAGAGAAAAACUUAUUUUCUUAAAGUACAACAAAGAAACGCGUCAGGAAAUCCGAAAUCUUCGCCUAAUGAAAACUCGAAUGAGCCCAUAAAGUUUUUUGGAAGUCAAGCCGCCAACUGGCGAGCUCGUGACACAAGGAGCGGCGGUUCCGAAGACACGUUAUGGUUUCAACCUUACGUCAUUUCUGGAAGUUUAGCCAUAUUUCUGUUAUAUUUUUGCAUUUUACGAGAAGAAAAUGAUAUUGACAGGCGGUUGGAAGGUAAUCUUUUUGACCAAGUAGCUGGUCUAGAAGAAGUACAACUUACUGUAAACUACAAAUAUAACAAGGAAAAUGGUCUUGACACAUCUGAAAUCGAGAAACGUUUAUCCGAAUUAGGAAUCGACAUAAAGCAGUUACAUAACCAGUGAUGUAUCUCAUUUAUUUGGUAGAUGUGAACGAAUAAAUACAUAUUUAUUCAUUUACGUAUGUACAUACAUACUAUAUGCAAAUUAUAUUGAGGAAAUCCUUAAUAGGAAUUCUUACAACUACAUACAGCACCCCUUAAAA